CAAUGAGGGAGGUACAUUGACCCAAAAGUGAAUGCUGUGUCUACCAGAACAGUGAAACACACUCAUAUAGACUACAUAAGAUAUUGCAAACAUGGAGCCGGGAUCAACUGUCAGUGCUGUGCGGAGCCAGAGGGUUUUGUGUGGAGAAGAAAUUGGACCUGCAGUUAUCUUAAUAAAGGAAGGAAAGAUUCAUAGCAUUCUGCCUGAUUCAGAAGCUUCAGCGCACACAGCUGGAAAGGUACUGGAUGUGGGGAACAGUCUAGUAAUGCCAGGUAUAGUGGACUGUCAUGUUCACGUUAAUGAACCAGGCCGUACAACUUGGGAAGGGUACUGGACCGCCACACGGGCAGCUGCUGCUGGAGGGGUGACCACUAUUGUAGACAUGCCCCUAAACAGCAUCCCACCAACUACGACUCUUGGAAACUUUCAUGAGAAGCUGCGUGCUGCUACAGGACAGUGUUUUGUAGAUACAGCAUUUUGGGGAGGAGUCAUCCCUGACAACCAGCUAGAGCUAAAGCCGAUGGUCCAGGCGGGUGUGGCUGGAUUUAAGUGCUUUCUGAUCCACAGUGGAGUGGAUGAGUUUCCUCAUGUGAGUGACGCUGAUCUACAUGCAGCUAUGAAACAGCUUCAGGGCACAGACAGCGUUCUGCUGUUUCACGCAGAGCGAGAAGUCCAGCAUCCAGCCGCUGAGAAAGGCGAUCCACAUGAAUAUUCAACCUUCCUAAGGUCUAGACCUGACAUUAUGGAGCUUGAGGCCAUCCGUACCGUCACUCAGCUCUGCUUACAGUAUCAAGUGCGAUGCCACAUUGUGCACCUGUCAUCAGCCCAGCCUCUGGAGCUCAUUAGGGCAGCAAGACAUGCUGGAGCUCUGCUGACUGUGGAGACCACCCAUCACUACCUCAACCUGACGGCAGAGAACAUCCCAGCACGGGCCACUCAGUUCAAAUGCUGCCCACCGAUACGAGACACAGCCAACCAGGAGCUCUUGUGGUCUGCACUCAAAGCUGGUGAGAUUGAUAUGGUUGUGUCAGAUCAUUCACCGUGCACACCUGACCUGAAGUGUUUGGACAGAGGCGAUUUCACGCAGGCGUGGGGAGGGAUCUCUUCUCUGCAGUUUGGUCUAUCUUUGUUCUGGACGUCAGCUUCUAAAAGAGGAUUUUCAUUUUCUGAUGCAGUAAGACUCUUGUGUAAAGAGCCUGCUCAACUCUGUCGUCUUGACAACCAAAAAGGGAGUCUCAUUCCAGGUCACGAUGCAGACUUAGUCAUUUGGGACCCAGAAAAAGAGUUUACGGUGAAAGAAGACAACAUACAUCACAAAAACAAGUUGACUCCAUACCUUGGCCUUGCUCUGCGAGGGAAGGUGAAGGGCACUAUAGUCCGAGGGAGGGUGGUUUACAGUCAUGGCUCUUUCAGCUCUCAGCCUCUAGGGAAGCAUCUCUUUAUUAAGCACAAGACACCGGCACCACUGUAAACAAAGCACAAGAAGCACAUUAACCAUAUCUCGCCCUAUAGUCAUCACUGUCAGGAACUGCUAUGGCAACAAUGCUACUAUAUGGUGUAUAAUCAUAGCUAAUUUUUUUAUUGAUUAUUGUGAAUGUUUGAGGUAUAUUUAAAAAUGCUUUGGUUAACACUUUACACAAACAUUUCAAACAAACAUUAAUAAUAAUAAUACAUUUCAUAAUUAACCCAACAUUUCAUCUUAAAGGGAUAGUUCACCAAAAAAUGAAAAUUUUGUCUUAAUUUACUCUCCUUCAUGAUGUUCCAGUACGACUAAAAAAAAAAAAAAAGAUAUUUUGAAGAAUGUUGGUAACCAAACAGUUUCAAUUCCCAUUGACGUCCAUUGUAUUUUUUGUCCAUACAAUGAAAGUUGAUUGGAACUGAAACUGUUUCGUUACCAACAUUCUUCAAAAUAUCUCUUAAGUUUGGAUUUUUUUUUUUUUUUUUUUUGGAGCAGGUUAUUAAGCUAAAAUUUAGUUUAUAAUUGUUAUAGAAUUUUAAAAAAGUACAUAAAUGUGAAAUACAUUUUUGAGCUAUUAAAAUUAGUGCUGUCAAAUCGAUUCACAUCUAACAUAAAAGUUUAUAUAUACAGUCAAAUCAAAAAUUAUUCAGACAUUUUUAACAUAUUUUUACUAGUGGGUGCAGGACACUAUAGUUCAUUUAUGUAAGUGAGAAUAGCAAAAUAAAGUAAACUGUGACAUAUUAUACCCAAAAAUUCUUCAUACAGUGGACUACCAGUAAAAUUGAUAAAAAAUUUGGAACCGAAAAUUAUUCAGACACUUUGACCUGACCAUGUUUUGCUUAAGUGUUAUCUGACAUAAUUCAGAUUAUUUUUUUCUGACAGUUUAACUCUGAGAUCUUGUCAUAUUUUAUUACCAUUUUUUUUUUUAAAUAUAGUGAAUAAACUUGAAAUGUUCAAGGUGUUUGAAGAAAUUUUGGUUUGACUGUAUAUACAUAUGUUUGUGUGUUCUUGUAUACAGGUGCUGGUCAUAUAAUUAGAAUAUCAUCAAAAAGUUCAUUUUUUUAUUAUAAAUUAUUUUUAAAAAUGAAACUUUCAUAUAUUCUAGAUUCCCUACAUGUAAAGUAAAACAUUUCAAAAGUUUUUUUUUUAAAUUUUGAUGAUUAGAGCGUACAGCUCAUGAAAGUCCAAAAUCCAGUAUUUCAAAAUAUUAGAAUAUUUCCUAAGAUCAAUCAAAAAAUGGAUUUGCAAAACAGAAAAGUUCAAGUUGAUAAAACACAAUGGACCAACACCAGCAGACGUCAAGGCCCCCCCAAAUCAUUAUUGACUUCAGAAACUUUACACUAGACUUCAAGCAGCUUGGAUUCUGUGCCUCUCCAGUCUUCCUUCAUACUCUGGGACCAUGAUUUCAACAUGAAAUGCAAAAUUUACUUUUAUCUGAAAAGAGGACUUUCGACCACUGUUCACUAUCCAGUUCUUUUUCUCCUUAGCCCAGGUAAGAUGCUUCUGACGUUGUCUCUGGUUCAGAAGUGGCUUGGUAGUCCUUUUCCUGAAGAUGUCUGAGUGUGGUGACUCUUGAUGCGCUGACUCCGGCUUCAUUCUACUCAUUGUGAAGCUCUCCCAAGUGUUUGAAUCGGCUUUACUUGACAGUAUUCUCAAGCUUGCGGUCAUCCCUGUUGCUUGUGCACCUUUGCCUACCCAAUUUCUUCCUUCCAGUCAACUUUGCAUUUAAUAUGCUUUGAUACAUCACUCUGUAAACAGCCACCCCAUUCAGUAAUGACCUUCUGUGAUUUACUCUCUUUGUGGAGGGUGUCAAUGAUUGUCUCCUGGACCAUUGCCAAGUCAGCAGUCUUCCCCAUUAGUGUGGUUUCAAAGAACAAAAGAUACCCGGAAUUUAUACAGUAGGGAUAGUCAUUUAAUCAAACUCAAAUGUAAAUAUUCUAAUAUUUUGAGAUACUGGAUUUUGGACUUUCAUUAGCUGUACGCUCUAAUCAACAAAUUAAAAAAAAAAAACUUUUGAAAUGCUUUACUUUACAUGUAGGGAAUCUAGAAUAUAUUUUUAAAAUAAUUUACAAUAAAAAAAUGAACUUUUUCACGAUAUUCUAAUUAUAUGACCAGCACCUGUAUAUGGUUUAUGAAGACACAAAUGUGUAUAAUAACGUGGGUAUUACAACGUAAACCUAAUGGAUUAAUAAAGCGUUUUUCUGAAAAUAAAAAAAAAUGCAGACAGUUUCCUGUGAUGGGUAGGUUUAGGGGUAGGGGUUGUGUAGAGGGAUAAAAUAUACAGUUUGUACAGUAUAAAAACCAUUGCUUCUAUGGAGAGUCCCCGUAAACCAUAUAUACAAGUAUGUGUGUAUACACACACAAACACACACACACACACACACACACAACACACACACACAACCACACACAUAGAUUAAUCGAGUUGACAGCAGUAAUUAAAAUAUCUGUGUGGUCUCUCAGACCCCUAAAAUACAGAAAUAGUAUUUUAUGCAUUAAAAUAUGAAUAUUAGUUAAUGAAUAUUGUUAACAUACAAUGUUGUUACAGCUCUACUGUAAUUGUACAUUUCUUUAGGAAAUGUAAAUAAAAUUUGAUUACAUCACUGCAAAGAUAAGUAACUAAUGAUUAACCCAACUUCAGAGCAAAACUGUGAAUUUCAAAACUUGCUUUACAUUGUCAGAUUUAAUUUACUGAUUUACAUGUAAAAAUACAUUAAUAAAGAAUUUUGAAAAAUA